CUUCUGCUGUGAGCGAUGGCGUCUGCUGAUCUGAGAGCUGAGAUGGAAUGUUCCGUCUGUCUGAAGAUUUAUACCGAUCCUGUAACCCUGAGAUGUGGUCACAACUUCUGCCGGGUCUGUAUUGAUCGUGUGCUGGAUACACAGGAGGGGUCUGGAGAUUUCUUCUGUCCUGUAUGCAGAAAAAGGUUCAGGAGUCGUCCUGCACUGAAGAGGAACAUAUCACUACAUAACAUAGCAGAGACUUUCCUGUCUGCUCAGCCAGAUUGGGAGGAGUCCGGGGUCUUCUGUACUUACUGUGUGGACUAUCCUGUGCCUGCUGUUAGAUCUUGUCUACACUGUGAGGUUUCUUUGUGUGAUAAACACCUGAGAGUCCACAAAAAGUCCCCAGAACACAUCUUAUGUGACCCCACCUUGUCCAUGGAGAGCAGGAAAUGCUCCGUCCAUAAGAGGAUCCUGGAGUAUUACUGCACUGAGGAUAAUACCUGUAUCUGUGUGUCCUGCAGUUUGGCUGGAGAACAUCGGGGACACCAGGUGGAGUUACUGCAGGAGGCUUCUGAGAAGAAGAAGAUGACACUGAGGAAUGUUCUGCAGAAACAUCUGACAAAGAGAGAGGAGACGGAGGAAAGAGUCCAGAGUCUGCAGGAACACAGGAGGAAAGUAGAAGAAGAAGCAGCUGGUGACACCGAGAGAGUCACUGUCCUGUUUAGAGAUCUCAGGAGACGUCUGGAAGAUCUGGAGAAGAGAGUCCUGAGGGAAAUCUCCGGGAGGGCAGAGCGGAUCUCCAUCUCCAUCCAGGAUCUGGAAAUAAAGAAGGAGGAGCUGUCCAGGAAGAUGCGUCACAUUGAGGAGCUGUGUAACAUGACGGAUUUGUGUGAUACUGAGGAUGGAGAUAAUGAGGACAGAGAGAGACAUGAGAAGCUCCUCCAUGAUGGAGGGGGUCUGGGUGUGGCGGGGGUCUUACACACAGGUUUAUCUGAUAUAAUAACAGAGGUAAAUGUAUACUUCCCUAUACAUGGAGCUGCAGACAUAUUACUGGAUGGAAUCACAGCUAAUAAAUAUCUACAGAUAUCAGAUGAUAGGAAAACUGUAUACUGGCAAUAUAUAGAGCAUUGUCAUCCAGAAACUCCAGAGAAAUUUCAGGAUUAUUAUCAGGUGAUGAGCAGUCAGAGUUUCUCCUCAGGGAGACAUUACUGGGAAGUGGAUGUCGGGGGGUCAGAGAGCUGGAGAGUCGGGAUGUGUUACCCCAGUAUAGAGAGGAGAGGAAAUCAGUCAUUGAUUGGAGAAAAUAACAAGUCCUGUGGUUUGGAUUGGGAUGGUGAUCAGUAUUCGGUGAUACAUAAUGGUGAUGAGAUCUGUUUACCCACCAAUCUCUCCAGUAACAGAGUCAGGAUAUAUCUGGAUUAUGAGGCCGGGCGGAUCUCCUUUUAUGAUCUGUGUGACCCGAUCCGACACCUCCACACCUUCACCACCACCUUCACCGAGUCCCUCCAUGCUGGGUUAUGUGUAGAAGAUGGUUGUAUAAAGAUAUGUGGGGGGAAUUAGGUGAUAUGAGAACUC